CCGUAAAGGGGCGCAGCCAUCGCAGCCGCAACCGAUAGAGUCAGAUACAAGAGGCAAAGCAGCCUCUGUGACACACUCCAGGUCUGACGCUUCACAUUGCCAGUAGGAGUCUUACAGUGCACAACACUCACCGCUUGGACCAACGCCGCCGACGACUACCACUUCACUACUUCACCACUGCAUCCAAAUUUCCACUUCCGCUCAAUGUCGCUGCUCGUCAUGUCAACAGAUCCACCUUCUACUUUGGAGCGAUUAUCGCCCUCCUGGAUACGCCGUCCCAUGUCUCGAAGAUCGACAUCACCGCAAAAAGAGUCGCGGCCUACAACAUCAAACGGCCUACUUGCACCAGAACCAGCGUCAACAUUCAGCAAUAGCGAUGGCACACGAUCACCACGCUCAAGCUCAUCUAGCCGCCGCGGAUCAAUAAUAGAGUUUGUUACCAGGUUCCGCUCUUCGUCCAACGCCAGUGUCGCAAGCAACAAAUCCCAAGACCCUACAGACUUCAGUGAAAUCGAGAACUGGUUUUACGGAUUCCGGAGAUACAACCAACUAGUCAGCAACACCACAUCACCAAACAAAGCCGACCCACCGCAAGAUCUGUCGAAAUCGUUCAAGAAGCUGACGAAGAAAUGCGGGGGUCAAUUUCUGCACGGGCUACCAGAAGCAGUCUUUGACUUCUCACUACUCUGGUGUCCCGCAGGCCACCUGACCAGGAAAGACAACAACGAACCAUCCUGGAGCUGGACUGCCUACGAAGGCCCCGUAAACUAUCCAUUCGACCCAACAACCUGUCCCGAUAUGUACAAACUACCACGCAGCGAGGGCGAAUGGUUCCAAUCCGAGGUCGUAAACUUCCACAUCGGUCCCCAGUCGGCGCAAUACACUGUCCGGCGGGAAAAAGAAAACUCCUUGCGCAUCAAAUACCCGCCUUAUUUCCACGCGCCGCGCGGCUCGGACCACACCAAUGAGUCGAACACACUGCGAUUUACUGCAUCGACCAUCUCCGCAGACGCGUUCACCGCAGAGCCUAUCACACAUGACGGCAAAGAAAUCCCGUCCUCACAUCUCGUCAACGAGGAGGGGAAAACUUGUGGCGCAAUCAUGGACUACGAGUCUGAACUCUCAAAACCCUCUUCCACCGGUCCCUUUGAAUUCGUGCUGCUCUCAAGGAAUCUGUGGCGCGAACCGAAUCCCGAUAAUCGGAAGCCGGAGUCGAAUACUAUGCAUCCAGCAGGCACGCCUAUCUGGGACGGACAGCGUUUUCUGUGGAAGGAUAGGGUUUGUGAUCAUGAUGAGCAGUUCGAGGAGGGGCCGUGGAAGAUGCUCAAUGUUAUGUUGAUUAAGUGGGUGGGGGAAUAUGCGGAGCGGGUGGCGAUUGCGAGGAUACAUGAGGAUGAGUGGAAGAAGCAUAGUCCGAGUAAGCAGGAUAUUGUACUGAGAUGAGAUGAGAUGAGAUGUUUUCAUCCUUUGGUUAUGAUUAGAGCGAUGAGAUGGGUAUAAGGGUGGAUACGCCGUUCAAUUAUGAGGUUUUGAACAUAUGGGUAGUCGAUUACGACUGACUAGAGUUUACAGACCAGAUCUGAUCUUCAUGAAAGUGUUUG